CAACUACCAAAUAUUUGUUUACCAAAUUUUAGGAAAGUGCUUUGAUUUGGAUUUGGAAUAAAAAGUUUCAAAUAUUUACCUUUGGCAAAAUGUUUGCUUUGCAAAAUAUCAGAAUUUCAAAAUAUUUCCUUCCUCUUAAUUCUCUUUUAAUAUCCCAUUCAAGAAACUUGGAUUAUUUACAUCAAAUCGAUGUAAAUCCUGCAGCAAAGUGUGAUGCAACUAUUCAACACGAACUUGAUAGUUGUGAGAAAAAUGCUAUUCUCCGAAAACAUCGCAACAAUGUACCUGCUAUCCGGACAAUUUUAGAAAAUCUAAAUGCAACUCAUUUAUCACAAACUGAAAUCCAGAAAUUACAAAAAUCCCUUCAAUUAGAAUUGCUUAAACUACCCAAUAAAACUCAUCCCAGAGUACUUAACUAUGGCGACGAUCCAAAAGAACUAUCAAGAUACAAUAAGCAAACUGAAUUUACAUUUAAACCAAAAGAAUUUUCAGAGUUAGCAACAAAAGCAAAUUUAUUUCGCAUGGAUCAUCUGGGCAAUUUUACCGGCCAUAAAAGUUAUUACCUAAUGGGAGCUGCUGCUGAAAUGGAACAUGCACUUACCGAAUAUUUCUUGACAAAACUUAAAUCGGUCGGUUUCCGGUUGAUGUCGGUGCCAGAUAUACUUCCAAAAGAGGUUAUUGAGGGAUGUGGCAUGCAAACAUCUGGCGAGCGAACGCAAGUUUACAAGUUAAACUCUGGAAAGUGCCUAUCAGGAACUUCCGAAAUGGCUUUAGCUGGAUUUUUUGCCAAUAAAAUAUUUGACGAGGAGGAACUUCCAAUAAAAGUUACAUCAGUAAGCAGAUGUUAUCGUGCUGAAACUUCUGGCUUACACGAAGAGAAAGGAAUGUACAGGGUACAUCAGUUCACCAAAGUCGAAAUGUUUUCAGUUUGUGCCGAAGAAAAAUCGGAGGAAAUGUUGGAAUCGUUUAAAAAUAUCGAAAUAAGUUUAUUCGACAAACUUGGCAUUCACUUUAAACUUCUUGAUAUGCCACCUUCUGAGUUAGGUGCGCCGGCAUAUCAAAAAUACGAUAUAGAAUCAUGGAUGCCUGGAAGACAAAUGUGGGGUGAGAUUUCAAGCUGUAGCAACUGUACAGAUUACCAAGCGAAACGGUUAAAUAUUCGCUAUCGUACAGCUAAUAAUGAAAUCAAAUAUGCACAUACGGUAAAUGGAACUGCCGGAGCUAUACCUCGACUUUUGAUAACCUUAUUUGAAAAUAAUCAAUUGGAAAAUGGAGCAAUACGAGUGCCAACAGAGCUACGAAAAUAUAUAAAUAAUAUUGAAGAAAUUAAAAAGGAAAAACGACUGCCGGAGCUGAAGUUAGUUAAGCACAUAUCCUCCCCUAAAGUUACUGACACAUAAGCCAAAAAUAAAUUUGUUUUAUUUCCA